AUGUCUCCCAGCCUUCCGAUUCGUGUGUUCGUCUAUGGUACACUGAAAAGAGGCGAACCGAAUGCAGCUGUUCUCACGAACACCGACGGACGAUAUCGAUUUGUUGGAGAGGGACGGACAAAAACGCCAUAUCCACUCAUUGUUGCCUCCAAAUACAAUAUACCAUUCGUACUAAAUGAACCCGGCAAAGGAUAUAUUUUGAUGUCAAACAACUUGGAGACAACGGCAUGGAUCUACUUAAUGAGGAAAUGGCGACCGGAUAUUUAUGAACAUGCUACGCCGAUGAUGUCAAACUAUUCCAGCAAAGGCGCUCAUGGCAGGGAAUAUGUGACCAGGUAUGUUCGUGCAAAAGAAAUGCUAGACGACGAUUACAAUCUCCACGCUGAUAUCCAGGGUGGUGAUCCGGCCGAUCCACUCACUAAAGCGGCUUCACGGGCAAAAGCCAUUGAUGAUACAAGAUUUCCGUAUGUUCGUGCAAAAGAAAUGCUAGACGACGAUUACAAUCUCCACGCUGAUAUCCAGGGUGGUGAUCCGGCCGAUCCACUCACUAAAGCGGCUUCACGGGCAAAAGCCAUUGAUGAUACAAGAUUUCCGUCAUAG